AUGCUGCAUCACCAAAUCGUGCAAUCGCCGGCGAGGCUUGGCCUCACAAACCCUAAUUCGCCGUCACUUCAGAAUCCUACUCCGCCCAAAUUCCCCUCCUCCUCCUCCUCUGUUGCAUCCCAAUCCCACCACCACCCAUCUUCUUCAAAUGCCCCCUCCUCCGCCGCCACGAAGACCUCCUCUUCCGCUCUCCUCUCUCUCCUCCCUCCUCUCCCCAGAGCUCAAUCUCUGCUCCUUCAGAUGGCCUCUUUAGUCUCCAAGCUCUUCGAUGUCUCUCCCAAUCGCUCUCACUGGCUCACCGCCUUCCGCGGCACCUUCCCGACGUUCCUGGCCUCGCAGUCGCACUCCACGCCUCCGCCUCCGCUCGAAUCCGCCCCUUCCUCCGUCAGCGAGAUCCUUACGCUCUUCAAUUCUCUCCAGGCUCAGCUUUUCGAAGCCGUCGUUGAGCUCCAGCAAAUCCUCGACCUACAAGAUGCGAAGCAGAGGCUUUCCAGGGAGAUCAAAUCGCGGGAUUCUCAGCUUCUCAGCUUCGCGAAUAAGCUCCGGGAAGCGGAGCGAGUUCUCGACAUUCUAGUCGAUGAUUACGCCGACUACCGCCGCACCAAGAGGGCCAAGUUGCCGGAGAACGGGGAGGAAAACGAGGCAGGUAAUACAACUGUUGCCUCUCAGCUCAAAUUGACCGAUAUCUUGUCCUACGCUCACCGCAUCAGCUACACGACGUUCGCGCCGCCGGAAUUCGGCGCUGGUCAGGCACCGCUCCGUGGGGCUUUACCGCCUGCUCCACAGGACGAGCAGAUGCGUGCUUCUCAGCUGUAUAAUUUUGCCGACCUUGACGUCGGCCUACCGAAAGCUGAAGUCAAGGAGAAGGCUGUGGAGGCGAUCAUCGAGCCUCCUCCCCCACCUCCGCCAGCGCAGACGGAUUUGGCCAAUCUUGCUGGGUUGCUCACAGUUCCAUCAGGAUGGAAGCCAGGGAUGGCUGUGGAGUUGCCUAAAGAUUUGCCUCUGCCGCCACCAGGAUGGAAGCGUGGGGACCCAUUGCCGCCAUUGGAUUCUAUUCAUAUGCCAAGGAUACUGGAACAACAUGUGGGUCCUGCUCGAGGGCUGCCUAAACAGCCUGAGACCAUACAAGUUAAACAUGUCCAGAUUGAUAUUGAGGAUCAUGAUGAGGAUAGCAGUGAUUACACCAGCAGCGAGGAAGGCAGCUCUGAUGAUGACGAUUGA